CUCUUAUUAUUAAACUUUUAAUUAAAGACUCGGCUUGGAUCGCAGCAAAGUCGACGCCGGAGCAAGCGAUCAACCGUUACGUGACUUCUCCGAUGGCGAUCAUCUACGCGGUUGUGGCGAGGGCCACGGUGGUGCUGGCGGAAUUCAGCGCCGUCACGGGAAACACAGGCGCCGUGGUGCGGCGGAUCCUCGAGAAGCUUUCGCCGGAAACCGCCGACGAGAGACUCUGUUUCUCGCAAGACGGUUACAUCUUCCAUAUCCUCAGAUCCGAUGGUCUCACCUUUCUCUGUAUGGCCAACGACACCUUCGGAAGGAGGAUACCGUUUUCAUAUUUGGAAGAUAUACAUAUGAGGUUCAUGAAAAACUAUGGGAGAGUGGCGCAUCAUGCUCCGGCUUAUGCAAUGAAUGAUGAGUUCUCGAGGGUUUUGCAUCAGCAGAUGGAGUUUUUCUCUAGUAAUCCUAGUGUUGAUGCUCUCAAUCGUGUCAGAGGAGAAGUCAGUGAGAUUCGAUCGGUGAUGGUGGAGAACAUUGAGAAGAUAAUGGAGAGAGGUGAUAGGAUCGAGCUUCUUGUUGAUAAAACAGCUACGAUGCAAGAUAACUCGUUUCACUUCAGGAAACAAUCUAAGCGCUUACGCAGAGCUCUUUGGAUGAAAAACGCUAAGCUCUUGAUAGUGUUGACGUGCUUGAUAGUUCUCGUGCUGUACAUCAUAAUUGCAUCUUUCUGUGGAGGCAUCACUUUACCCUCCUGCAGAUCUUGAUCUCUGAGUCCCUGUCGAAGUUAAUGAUACUUCCAAAACUUUUCAACCGGAAACAGAUCACUGUUUUUGUGAAUUAAGAUCUGAGGUUACAUGUCAUUGUCUUCAUUGCUUAUGUAACACUCUUGUAAAUGUCAGAAUGAUACAGAGUUUCACAAAACACUUUACCUUCUGCUUCAGAAUUUGUCACUUGAGUGAGUUUGUUCUCUGUACUUCCAAAAGCUUUGUCCGGUUUGUCUUAUGAAUCCUGCAUCUGCAAUGUUUGUUUAUGUUGUUAAAAUUACAUGAUUUUUUUGGUUUCA